CCCAAUCCCUCUUCUCUGUCGCCAAAACUAUGGGAAAACCCAUUCAAAUGGAUGAGACCACAGCGAGGGGUGGAUACUUCAAUAUUGCUAGAGUGCUGGUGGAGAUGGACGCGUCCAAGGCCAGGCAAUCCUCUAUUCUGGUACGUACUCCAGCCUGGGAGCGUGAAAUUAAAAUCAUUUAUGAUCUUCCUCCUUUUUGCUUGGCUUGUGGUCGCUGGGGUCACUGCUGCAAAACUGAUUCCCAGCCCGUCGGAAAAGUCCUCACCGGCGGGAGAACGGAGGGGAGGCAGCAAGCUGCUAAGGAAGUCAGCCAGCUGCAGGAUUAUAAGCUUAAGUUGAGAAUGACCAAUGCAUCCUCCCACCUUAAUAACCAAUUGUGGAUCUUCUGGAAGGAACCAAGCCUAACAUUGAUCCAAACAAUUGAAUGCACCCAAAUCAUUCAUUGCCAAAUCAACUCAGCUGCACUUCAUAGCCCGUUGUGGAUCUCUUCUGUGUAUGGCAGGCACACCAGGGCUGAAAGAGCUAAUUUAUGGAAUGCAAUUUCCUCUUGGAACGUAGGCAUGGACCCCUGGAUACUUGGUGGAGAUUUUAACUGCAUCCACAGUCUUGACCAACACAAAGGGAACUGCAAUCCUUGCUAUAAUUCAGUGGAGGAUUUUAGAGAAUGCAUGGAAGCUUCUAAUCUCCUCUAUAUUCACCCUUCCGGAGGACAUUUCUCUUGGAGUGGGAAACGUAGCCAAGGAAAGUUAUGGCGCAGACUUGACCACAUCUUUGGCAAUCAACAUUUGAUGGAUAGGGCUAACCGUGUACACCUUUCUAUGCUUAGCAAGGGAGCAUCAGAUCACAUGCCUUUCCUCCUGGAACUUUCUAUAGACACUUACUCUGGUCCCAAACCAUUCCGUUUCCUGGAUUUGUGGGAGGCAGAAUCUCGAGCUAGCAGGGCCCAAGACCAUUUCGAGGCAAACCCAAACCCUGAAUCCUUGGUUGAAUUCAAUAAGUCCAAUGUUGAACUUCUCUUGCUCUCCAAAAGAGAAACUGAUUUUUGGAGGCAGAAGUCUUGCAUCAGGUGGUUAAAAGAGGGGGAUGCUAGUACAAAAUUCUUCCAUAAUGUGGUCAAAAAUAGGCGCCAGAAGCUUAGGAUCUCUUCUAUUAAGGAUGACCAUGGUAGGACUAUUGAGGAGGCCAGCAACAUUGCGUUACAUGCAAUAGAUUACUACACCAAUAUCUACUCAGAUGAACCAGUCAGUAUUGACCCGCAGCUGCUUUCAUACAUUCCCAAUAUCAUUAAUGGAGAGGAUAACUUAAUGCUUUGUGCGGUUCCACAAGAGGAGGAAAUAAGGGGGGCCAUUUGGGACCUCAACUCUCAUAGUGCACCAGGCCCGGAUGGAUACAAUGGGACCUUCUUCAAAACCUACUGGCACAUCAUCCAUGAUGAAGUGACUAGAGCAACCCAAGAAUUUUUCUUGGGAUUUUCUGAGAUGCUUGUUGCGAAAAUACUGGAAGAUAAAUGGAAAAUACUUGAAGGCUUGCCUAUACAUCUGUUUGAUUCUCUAGCUUUAUAUUCAAUUGGGAAUUUGCUUGGCAAACCUCUGAAAACUGAUUCAGCAACAGCAACUCUUUCGAGGCCCUCUGUUGCCCGAAUCUGUGUGGAGAUAGAUACCAGCAAGGAUCUGCCUCGCUGUGUUUGGAUUCACCUGGGAGAACUCACUUUCCUUCAACCAAUAACCUAUGAAGAUCUUCCUGACUACUGCCCCUCGUUCAAAUCUUUAGGCCACAAAAACUGUAAGAAAAAGAAUGAGAACUCUAGAUGGGUUAAAACAGAAGGAAGGUCUAGAACUGGCAGUCAACAAGCUGUAGUGUUUCCUAAGCCUGGAGUGACCCCAAUAACAAACGAGGUUGUUUUGCAAACAAACCAGGGUGAAUCACGUGAUGAGUAUGCAACCGGGUCUGCUUCUGCUGCUGAAGCAGCAGACUCAUAUGGCGCUGCUCCUCCUAGAGUUGAAGACAUGGCCCUAGCUAAUGUGAGGGACUCUAUAGCUCAUGAGCCCCCUCUAAUUUCUACUGCUCUUGAAAUACCCCCAGCAACUAGCCUAAGGUCUAAUUCAGACCCUAUUGUUUGUGAAGACACAGAUUAUGUUAAGAAAGAUUCUGAAGCAACUCUUUCUAAGAGUUGUACAUCAGCUUGUCAUAAUGUUAACAUAGAUUCUGAUUCUUGUGAAGUAAUUCCUACUGCCAAUGGUCCUGAAACUUGUGGUAAUAGUGAGGUUAUAUUGGUUACUCAUACCAACGUCCAAGACGAUACCCUUAUACUGGAACCCAAUUCUCCUUUACUUUAUAACGAUGAACUCAGUCGCGGAGCACACAAUCUGUCUUCCAAGGCAGCAUUGGAAGGCACACAGACUGUUGACACUGAAAAUAAGGAAGAGUACAUUCCUGACCCUUCUCAAAUCAACUUAAAUGAAUUUCCAGUCCUCACAAAAGAAUUGUUGGAAGCUACUAGUGGUGCACACACUCUUUCUCAUGAGAAAGAGAUGGAAGGCACACUAAGUCUUUCAUCUGCAGGAAAUGAUGAGAUUCCUUCUGAUCCUAUGGAAAACAAAAACUCCCCUCCGUUGACUAACGAUGCAGCCGUCGCAGAUGAUGGGGCCGUAGUGGCUCUGGGAGACCAGUUGCAGGCGCUGCGUGUGGAUCUCGAUGCCAAUACCCAACGCCUCAUCAAUUCCAUCUACCAACUGCAGCAAGACUUGGAGACACGCAUUGAGUUGCAAUUUCAACGUUUACAGACGAUGCUGGAUGCUCAUCAAACCGGCGCUGGUCCCGGGUUUCACCGUCCAGGUCCCCAUCCUAUGGUGGAUCAUGGGUUUGGUGGGCCUGACCGUGCCCCGCCCAAACCUCGGUUGGAGGCGCCAAUUUGCGAUGGCACCGAGCCCCUGCGCUCGUUGUACAAGGUGGGCGAGUACUUUGCUUUCUACAACACACCGCCGGAGGAGCGCUUGCGUUGUGUGGCCUUAAUGUUAGAAGGGCCUGCCGCCGAUUGGUUUCGAUGGAGAAUGAACGGCAAUCUCAUCGCCGAUUAUGCUGAUUUCGAGGAAAAAUUUCAUCUCCGUUUUGAUCCCAUGCAUUAUGUCGACUAUUUCGGACAAUUGGCCAACCUUCGGCAGACCGGGUCCGUAAUGGAAUAUCAAACAGCGUUCGAGCAUAUUUUGCAGCAUGUUCCGGGCACGUCUGAGGCUAAUCUCAUGUCCCUCUUCCAUGCGGGUCUCAAGCCGCACCUUCGUCACGAGAUUGCUCUCUUAAAACCAGCCACGUUAUCCGCUUCUUUCGCAUUGGCUCGUGAGCUCGAGGCCAAGCAUGAUACCUUGUUGCAGUCUGUGACCAGGCGCCCUUAUUCUUGGCCGUCGACGCCCCCAUCUCGGCCCACGCUACCCGCAGAUUCCUUCCAAAUCUUGCGUCAUAAUCUGUUAUUACAUGAUGGGUCCAUAAAGACGAGGCCAUGGAUCUGUAUGAAGUUCGACAGUCAAGAUGUAAAAAGCAUAGAUGAUGUUUGAUGAAUUGGCCGACUGAUUCUCUUGCUAAUUUAGGUACGACUAAUCAUAGAUUUACUCCUCAUGAAUUCACAUUUUUGAAUUAUUUAAUUUUAUUCCUUUUGCUUUGGUGUGUCAUUGGAGGAAGAAAUCUUCUUGUUCGAC